AUGUCCUCUGAAGCAGAUGUCCCCGUCAUAAUCAUUGGCGGUGGCAUUGUCGGCCUCUCUGCCUCCAACUUUCUCUCUCACCAUGGCAUACAUUCCAUGGUCGUUGAGCGCCACAAAGGAACAUCCAUCCAUCCCCGGGCGCGAAGCGUCAACGCACGAACUAUGGAGCUCUAUCGUCGGCUUGAAAUCGAGGAGCUUGUCCGCGAAGCCGGUGCUUCAUUGUCACCCAGCAAGGGCAUUUAUAGUGGGGCUUCUCUGAAGGAUGUCAUUGAACCCAAAUCACGUUCAGGGGGCAUUAGGAAUCUUCCCUGGGCUGGAUUUCUUGCGCCAUUGGGCCCAGUGGGCGGAACGUUUGUCACUCAAGAUAUGAUCGAACCAGUUCUUGUGGACGUUGCACAAGGGCGAGGGGUUGAUGUGAGAUUCGAUUCGGAAUGUGUCGGUGUCCACCAAGAUGAAGAUAGUGUCACCGCUGUUUUGAAGGAUCGGAAGACCGGGGCCCACUCGACUAUUCGAGCGCAUUAUCUCAUCGCUGCUGAUGGAGCAGAGAGUCCGAUUCGCACUCAUCUUCGGGUUCCAACGACGGGGAAGGGCACAAUGGGCCAUUUGCUCAACAUCCUUUUCCACGCCGACCUCACAUCUCUUGUCCAAGGGCGCGAAUUUUCUCUCUGUAAGGUCGAACGCCCCGAAGUUACUGGCCUAAUCACUUCAAUCAAUAACAGCGAUCGCUGGGUCUUCCAUCUUCUAUAUGAUCCGUCAAAAGGCGAACAGCCUUCAGACUUCCCACCCGAAAAAUGCAAAGAGCUGUUGCGCCUCGCAUUGGGGAUCCCCGACAUUGAGAUUGAUGUCAUGAGUAUUCUUCCCUGGAAGCCCUCCGUACGAAUUGCGGAGCGACUGCAACAUGGUCGUAUCUUCCUUGCAGGCGACGCGGCACACCAGAUGCCGCCAUGGGGAGGCCAGGGGGCAAAUACAGGUAUCGCAGACGUCCACAACCUUGCCUGGAAGCUUGCUGCAGUUUUGCAAGGCCAUGCGACCAAAUCUUUGCUAGAGACAUACGAUAUAGAGCGGAUAUCUGUGGGGAGAGCGGCGGCUGAGUUUUCUGCGGGUCUGGCUGAUGAGGAUGGAAUCAUAUCAACAAAGGGAUCGUUCACCUUACCAGUUGUCCUGUUCAAGGGGUUUCAUUUGCUUUCCGGUCACGGAUAUUGUUAUGCAAGUAAGGCAAUCUGCGCGGAGGACACUUCUCCGCUAGGAGGAUUGACCUGGAGACCGUGGACUUUGCCCAGCCUGGCACUUUCAAUCGAUGGGAGGCCUGGAAGCAGGAUCCCUCAUUUAUGGGUUGAGCAUCAGGGCAAACGUGUUUCAACCCUCGAUUUAUGUGGCAAGAACUUCUUGUUACUUGCUGGAGCAGACGGCAGGUUGUGGGUGGAAGCAGCAAAGGGGAUGUCUUCUGCCAUGGGCAUUGAGAUUGCCACAUUUUGUGCUGGUCCCGAAGGUGAUCUUACCAUCCCAAAAGGUAGACUCGAAUCUGCUGCAGGUAUUUCGUCUCGAGGCGCCAUACUUGUGCGGCCAGAUGAUUUUGUGGCAUGGCGUCAGAGGAGACAAGUGUCUGACCCUAGGGCUGAGCUCACACAGGCCGUGAGACGAGCCUUGUGUCUAUCAUGA